CGCAACUCCUCCGUGCAUCACGAAAUAUGAACGACUUGAAUAUUUUCGUGACAUUUUUCAUCGUUGUACUGUAAUCCUGUUCUGUUCCCCUGUGCACGUUCCUGUGCUGUUUAAUUAAAGCCACUUUAAUCCGCUUUUAACAUUCAGGAUAACGCCGGUGAGCGACCUGACGUCAUUCAAGACGAGCACGUAAACAAACGUGAGUCGAAAAACGGUAAACAUUUGAACUCGUGCUGCGUUAUGUGCUGAAUUUCGUUCUUAGUGAGAUUAUUAGCGAGUGUUUCGUUCUGAAAUCUGGAAUUUCAGAAUAAAAAGAGAAGUUCGAUCGAGCAGGAAUGUCUUUCCAGAGAGUUUGGCGUUUGAGGGUUUUAAAGUUUCUUCACUUUGGGGGUUCUCGGAAUCAGAAGAAAAUUCUUCCAGGGGUGCAACUCAGUACCAAAGCUAUUAAUGUCAAGAAGCCUGUGAGAUAUACAAGCAUAAGUAAGUUCAUGACUGUUUAUAUCGCACACCCAACUGAAUUCUGCACAAGUUGCACACAUUAUCCUCACUUAACAUGUUUCUAAUUUAAUACUUCUAAUUUACGAUAUGUUUUCAGCUGCUUAGGAGAAAUAGGCCUUUACAUACAUACAAAAUAUUUAGACACCUGGAAAAACUAGACUUUUUAUAUUGCACUUUUGGCAUUCUUUUACAUGUGUUGUGUUAUCUUUGCCCCAGAGAAGGCAAAACCCAAAACAAUUGCUGAUAUCGCCAAAAUACUUCAGCAAAAGACCAAAGACAGAGAACAAAAACCCGAAGUUGCAUUUUCAACUGAACCUGCUACACCAAACCAAUAUAACGCUGGGGUUGAUUCCAUAAAUAACAUUUUAUCCACUUCGAAAGUUCAUACUGCUCCCAGUACCUUUCCAGCAAAAGUAGCUUCUACGCUUGUGGAAAAAGAACCUGCUCGGGACGUUUCAGAUCGAGAAGCAGUUGCCAAAGACGCACCAAAAAAAUCUGCUUCUAUGACUGGAGCUUGUGAAUCUGUGCCUGCUCAUGAUCUUCCUCAAGAAACAGAUGUCAUUUCAUCUUAUGAGACAGUUGCUUUGGAUUCUAAACUGGCAUUUUAUGUUACUACAUCUAUCCCAGAAUUAGAUCAUUCAGUGCAGACCUAUAAUACAGCCAACACCAAAGUCAUGGCAACUCCUGCCGUUCUAGUUUUAGAAGUUUUAGAGGACGUUUUGGAUAGCACAGUUGACUGUCAUUCCACACUAACACCAGCGGCUUCAGAAGUCUCUUCAUCUGAAGCGGCAGACGAAUCUCACGUCGUCGACAACAUCAUAUCACCUUUUGGAAAUGGAACUGAAAAUAUAGUUGGGGUUGAAGAUGGAGAGGUGCACGGUAAUGCGCCAAGCUCCAUUAAUCUGAAGGAGCCGGCUGUAGUGCAUACUGAGGUUUUAGAAGACAAGUUGCGGACAGAUACGGUUGAAGAGUCGCCAGUAGUACGACUAGAUCCAAUACAAAGACUCUUUCUCGAUAAGAUCCGGGAAUAUUCUGCAAAGAGCAAAUCAUCUGGUGGUCUUGUAGAUGCCGGACCCGAGUAUGAAAAAGCGUUCAAUGAGUAGCUGGCCAAACUUCACAGACUCUAUGGGGGCGGAGACUUAACUAAUUUCCCAGAAUUUAACUUCUCUGAGACCAACUUGGAUGAAGACGGCUCAAACUGAAAAAAAAAACGUGGCGUUUAAUGACAAAUUCGGACACUCUGAUAUAUUACAACUUAUUUGUGCAGUGACUAAAAGACGAAUAAUAAAGUUGCUUACACUUUAACGAUAUUAUCACUUAUAUCACUUCAUUUAUAUAACGUCACGAGCACUAAAGAAGAUCAUCCGUUGUACGAAACGUACAUCUGUAAACGUGUUUCACUGCCCCCGUAAAAAGUCUCCAGGGGCGAGCACUUUUUCCCCUAUACCGUAAUGUCUCCUCCCACCUCAUGAAUAUUCAUGCUCAAAGUUGCCUGCGUGCCGUUACGCUGUGACGACAUGGAAGAACUGCGGGUCCCGAUUGCUGCAGCCGCUUGUCAUUGUGACGAAGAUUGGCACUGAGUUUAGAGGUGCUGAAGUUCAGCUUUAUAGAAUGCCCAAACGUUGUCCACGGCAACAGUAACUAUGAUGACAUCUCCAUCAGUGUCCAUGGAGGAUUACCAGGAGGCUGAACAGAUGCAAGCAGGAGAACAGGCAGAAGAGAAGCUGGAGGAAGAGGAGGGACAGGAGCAGAGCAGCUCGGCUCUGUCUGAGCCACAAACUCCUAUGGAGGUCUACAAGACAGCCAUUUACAGACAUCCGCUGUUUCCUCUGUUGGCGCUGCUUUUUGAAAAAUGCGAGCAGUCUACUCAGAGCUCAGACUGCGUGACCUCGGCCAGUUUCGACGUGGACAUCGAGAACUUCGUACUAAACCAGGAGAAAGAAGGCAAGGCUUUCUUCAGCGAGGACCCCGAUUUGGAUAAUCUGAUGGUGAAGGCCAUCCAGGUGUUACGGAUUCACCUGCUGGAGCUGGAGAAGGUGAACGACCUGUGUAAAGAUUUCUGCAGCCGCUACAUCGCCUGUCUUAAAACCAAGAUGAACAGCGAGACUCUGCUCAGCGGAGAGCCCGGAAGCCCUUACUCGCCGACACAGACACAGCCGCCAAGCUUCUCUGGAGCCAUGAGUUCUCAUUGUAUCGUCGUACCGGCGUCUGCUCUACAGCAGGGCAACGUUACGGUUACUACUGUAAACCCCACACAGGUGGUAACAGGUGGCACAGUAUAUCAGCCCGUGACGGUUGUUACACCACAUGGGCACGUGGUCACGCAGACUCUGUCACCUGGAACAAUACACAUACAGAACUCACAGCUUCAGCUGCAGUUAAACCAGGAUCUGAGCUUUUUCAGUCAGGACGACAGCUCGUCCAAGGCCAAGAGAGGCAUUCUGCCCAAACACGCCACCAACGUCAUGAGAUCUUGGCUCUUCCAGCACAUUGGUCAUCCUUAUCCUACCGAAGAUGAGAAGAAACAGAUCGCCUUGCAGACCAACCUGACCCUGCUGCAAGUUAACAACUGGUUUAUCAAUGCACGGAGACGGAUCCUGCAGCCCAUGUUGGACGCCAGCUCCUCAGACACGCCCAAGAGCAAAAAGAAGGCGCCCCAGACACGCCCGCUUCAGCGUUUCUGGCCCAACUCCCUCGCCUCCUCUGUCUCCCAGCAUCAAGUUACCAUGGAAGAUGGUACCACAGUAACAGUAGGCGUGGGAGAGGACGGGCUGCAGACGCUCUCGUCCGAUGGCGCCACGUUGGCCAUGCAGCAGGUCAUGAUGGGAGGACACAGCGAGGACGAUGACGAGGAAGAGGAAGAUGACGAUGAAGACGAAGACGAUGAUCCGUCUCACUCCGACAUGACCAGGCUGGGCCUGGAGACCAGCGACUCGCUGUAGUAGGACUGAAGAAUUAACGCACACGAACACACAUGCACGAACACGCUGAUAAAAAAGAGAGAGACAUUUUAAAGAAUAUCAAAGCACUAAUGCGAAAGGGAGAAGGGAGAGAGAGAUUUACUUAAAUACAGCUCGAAAGACGUGUUGAAGGUUCCGCCACGCAUCCUCAAGUUGUCAAACAGCUUGUUCGGAGUACAGAGCAAAGGCUUAAAGCCGCACGCAGAAAUACAAAGAGCACAAGCACAGUACGCACGCGCAUCGUUUUCACCGCAGGAACUGCGACGCAGUAGCCGAGUGCACUUUUUGUACUAUAUUGUACACUUGAACGAAGUUAAAAAGAAAAAAUCGUCUUGGAUUCUUUGAUGAUGAGAUGUCGUCUCUUGCAUGCCUGUGUUUGCUUUCAUUACCAGGCACCAAGAAAAGAAGGAACUAUUUUUGUAGCACAGUGUCAAAAAUGAUCGGUGCCAAUUUUUCGUUUCGUUUGCUCUGCUUUGUUUUGUAAGGAGUAUUUAUGUAUGAAAAUGACACUUUUAAUGCGGUCACCCUGUUUUCCAGGAGUGUGGGAACUACUUAGUACAACGUAGGAGAGUUCGCAAAGUUAUCCACUGAAGGCAAAGACUCGGAAGCCUUACGUUUUUACAUUUCUAAUGCCACACGUGUGUUCAAAACAUCUCAUCGAACUGACUAGCGGUGUCACUUCCUGUGCCAUCCAGAUGGAAACGUGUCUAAAAUAUGAAAGAGUUGCCAGGUUGUAAUCAUAUUCAUGACAAUGCCUGUCAUUGUUGUUUGAGAAACAAACGCUUUGUUAAGGUCGUUGUUUUUUAAAAAAAAAAAAAGCAACAGUGAAGAAAGUCGCCGUGAUUUUGUAUUUACGCACAUUGACGUAUUUACAUACAAAGGGACUUGCUGAUGUCAUCAUAAAUGAUUUUUCUGAGUUGUCAUGGACAGUUUCAAAAGUUUUGUCAUUGUAAGAAAACUAGCCAUGGACGGAUUUUCUCAAUAUCUUAAGAUUGGUUGCAUGAGUGUUGUUUCAUUAUUGUAAAGAAGCGUUUAGGUUUUUUUUGGGAAAAUGCCAUAUGCUCACAAUAAACAAAACUGUCAUGCAAAAUGUAAACCAUAUGAGAUUUGUACUGUUUGGAGCAGUUUGAAUUAAAAUCUUUGUGGACAUAUUUUAUAGCAUAUCGCGUUUUCAACACCAAUGCAGAAUUUGGGCACGUUUUGCCUUAAAGGGAUAGUUCACCCUCAUGUCGUUCAAAACCUGUAUGUGUAUGUAAGACCCGUGUUUUAGUCAGUAAGACCCGGUAUUGCUUGUUUACCAGCGUUCUUCAAAAUAUCUUCUUUUGUGUUCUGCAGAGAAGGUUUGAAAUGACACGAGGAUGAAUAAAAAAUGAAUGCAUUUUCAUGUAUAUUCUGAUUUAUAGUUCUUUAGCAUAUUCAGUAUGUGCUUUUGGCUGUCUGUUCUGUUCUUUUCAUUGCCAGCAAUAGUCUUGUGAUGGCAUCAGUCAUAUGACUAACACAAAACAGAACGUCAAGUCCCAUAGCUUAGCAUGCGGGGGGUUAAAACGCUGCACCGUGGGCCUUGAGCAUUUUUCUAUUUGCUUCUAUAAACGCUUCUUUCACACGUAUAGACAAAAACACUGAUUUGCCUUUCAGACACUUUGUUUUGUAAUAAAGAACAC